AUGUCGAGGGCAUCUGCAGCUGCGUUAGCUUUAGCUUGCAUUUUCGCUGCCUUUGCCGGGUCGUCUGGUGGUGCUUUACAGGUAGGGUUCUAUAGAGGAAAAUGCCGCACAGUCGAUGUGGAGACUAUUGUAGCCAAAGCUGCUGUGGAGUCAAUCUGUCCAGGAGUGGUUUCUUGUGCUGAUAUCAUUGUUAUGGCCACUAGAGAUGCUGUUGCCCUGAGUGGAGGGGGGCGAUAUAUUGUACAAACAGGAAGAAGAGAUGGAACAGUGUCCCUUGCUAAGAAUGUGAAUUUGCCAGCUCCUUCAAUUUCAGUAUCAGAUUCCAUUAAUGCUUUCAACAAGAAAGGACUUAAUUCUAAUGACAUGGUUUACCUUCUUGGUGGCCACACGGUUGGAGUCGCUCAUUGUUCGCUCUUUCAAGAUCGUCUCUACAACUUCCAGAACACAGGGAAACCUGAUCCAACCAUGGAUACCACACUACUAAACACACUAAAAAAGAGAUGCCCUCAGAAUUCAACUGUUGAUAGCCCAGUUAAUCUUGAUCAAAACCCUUUGAGCUCAAUGACUGUAGACAAUUCUUACUACAGACAAAUCAUUUUACAUAGAGGUAUUCUCCAAAUUGAUCAAGAACUAGCCCUUGAUCCAUUAACCAAUCCCACAGUUGCGGCCAUUGCUAAAGGGUUCGACUUUUCGACUCGAUUUGGACAGGCCUUGGUCAAGUUGGGCGCAGUUGAAGUACUCACAGGUGCACAAGGAGAGAUCAGAAGAUCAUGCAGAGCCAUUAACACACCCUUGAACAAUUAG